UUAAAGCACCUUCUUGUGUUCUGGUCUUUUCUUUCGCUUUCCAUAGCCGCCCCCAGAAGUGCAUGAAGUGCAAAGAGGGACCUCCGGUGUUGAUCAUCCGUGUCGGAGAUGCCUUUUGCAAGGCCUGUUUCAAGGAUCACUUCGUCCACAAGUUCCGUGCCAUGCUUGGGAAGAAUCGAUGCAUUUUCCCCGGAGAGAAGGUUCUCCUUGCGUUUUCGGGUGGACCUGCCUCCAGUGCAAUGGUGCGGCAAGUCCAAGAGGGCCUGAGUCAGGAAGCAGCCAAGAAACUCCGCUUCAAGCCAGGCAUCCUCUUUGUUGAUGAAGGAGCUGUGUGUGGGCAGGACCUAGAGAAGCGAGGAGAGGUCUGCAGUCGGGUGGAGAUGAUCCUGAGAGCCACAGGGUUCCCCUUCCAUCUGGUGCACUUGGAGGAGGUGUUUGAUCUUCCCGGUUCCAUCUUGCGCUCCGUUUCCCACGACGCCACAGACAGCGGCCAGAGCUACAAAGAGGCUGUGGAUGGUUUCAUACGGCAGCAGCAGCAACAGAGGGUGAAGACAGGGGACUCUCUGCCAGGCCGGCUGUCUGAGCUGAGUAUACGAGACCCUUCCGGGAAGGAGGCAGCAGAGAUCGCGGGGCCUCUGUCUGUCUCACACAUGGCAGAACUGACUCGCCUCUUUGGAGCAGUGAAGUCGCUGACGGCCAAGGAGGAACUCCUGCAGACUCUCCGGAACCACCUGAUCGUACACGUGGCACGGACAAACAGCUACACCAAAGUGAUGAUGGGGGACAGCUGUACCCGCGUGGCCGUCAAGCUGCUGACCAACCUCUGCCUGGGCCGGGGGGCUUUCCUUGCAGGGGACACGGGCUUUUCGGACGGCCGCCAUGGCGACGUGCUGGUGUUGCGCCCCAUGCGGGAGUAUUCUGCCAAAGAGAUUGCCUUCUAUAACCGUCUCUUCGGGGUGCCUGCUGUCUUCACACCCUCGCUGGAUACCAAAGCCCCUGACCGAGCCAGUAUCCACCGCUUGAUCGAGAGCUUCCUCUACAAGCUGCACUCUGAGUUCCCCUCCACCAUCAGCACCGUCUAUCGGACAGGUGAGAAACUCGGGACGACCCCUCGAGAUGCUGAUGCUGGCGGAGAUGCCGAACCCGAGCGUUGCCUCUUAUGCCUCUGUACCCUCGAUACCAAUGUUGUGGAUGGCUCCUCCUUGCAGUCCACGCUGCUGUCAGAAGAGCUCUGCCAGAAGCCACCACCAUCUGCUGGAAGCGGCUGCUGCGGAGGGCCCCCGACCCAGACGGGCUGUUGCAGGGGGCCUCCGACGGCAGGAGCCAUUCCGCCCCAGGUCCAGCUUUUCCCGCUGCUGUGCUACAGCUGCCGGCUGACUGUCAAAGACAUGACCUGCCUGGAGCCUCUCCCGCUGUACAUUCACUCCGAGGCCGAACGCCGGCAGCACAGGGCUGCGAUGAAGCAAGAGAUCCAGGAGUUCCUUCUCGAGGACGAUGAGGACCUUCCGGCAAGCUGA